UCUGAAUGGAAAAAUGAUUUUUAAAGCGUGCAGAAGGAAUAGCGGAAAAAUCAAUUAAGGAAGCGUGAUGGUCUCAUAACCUAAAAUCAAUGGUUGAUAAUUUGAGGAAAAUUUGCCACAUUCUUUAAUACCAUCGGAAUACAGCUUGAUCCGGUUUAAUACGAAUGAGAUGGAGUCCUUGAGGGAAGAGUCUGCUGAGGAGGGUGUGCCGUCUGGAGGUUUGGAACGACCUGGUCACAGUGUAAAUGAAAUCCCUAAUCCUGCGGUCAUGAGUUGCGUUAUGGAUGCGGAUAUAGAUCUUUUGACGGGGAAUAAUAUUCAAUCAGCGGAGAAUGACACUAAUUCUUUCCUUCCUUCCCCAAUUAGACCCUCAAUUAAUCCUAAGAAAAGGAACAUAUCCGUUAGGAAUAACAAUGAAUCAGUUGCAACGGGCUCUUCAGAUGGUUCAUUUGGUCAUAUUACAAAAAAACUCCUAAUUCCUGAAAAAAAUUCUUAUCGAGAAAUACGGGCCGAUCGACAACCACAUUCCGCGGAUAUUGGUCCCGAAAAUGCAAGCAAUCAAUCUCAGUUUGAGGAUGUAAUUUGGGAUCAACACGAUCUUGAAUGGAAUAAUAGUAUUCUUCCUCCACUCUAUUCCGCUUCUAGCCCUCCCCCAUUUAUUGUUUUAAUGGAGAGCACCAUUAGAGGCAAAAAUAUUGGAAAACUGGACCCGAUAUGUGUAAUUGAUCUAAUAUCGCCUAUUAUUGAGGGGGGAAAACAAAUAACACGUAAUGGGAAAAAUCAAAUAAAAAUUGAUUGCGCAAAAUGGCAAGAUGCUAACACCUUAGUUGGUGCCAAAGAACUAAUAUUGGCGGGAUAUGUUCUCUUCAUCCCAGAUUCCUUUUUGAGAAAAAAGGGAUUCACAAGAUGGUUCCCCACUAACAGAUCAGUCAGGGAUAUAGUUAGGGUAUGUCGUGAAGGAGACUUGGAUAAUAUAGCUAGUAUUCGUCGUAUUAUUGAUGAUAGGAACACAAUUCUAGAAAAGAUAGAAUUUACUUUCAAUUCACCUAUCGUUCCACGUAACAUUGUACUAGGUGAUUUUGUUAUCCCAAUAACUCCUUCCUUACAGAGACCUCGGAGAUGCUUCCGUUGUCAGCGUUACUGCCAUGUGGCUAAUCAAUGUCGUUCGACUUACCCGACGUGUGAAUUUUGUUCUGGAAGGCAUUUGACAGACCUUUGUCCGAAUGGUCACUUGCAACCAAAAUGUAAAAAUUGCAAGGGUUCCCAUGUGGCCUCUUCAUCGGAGUGCCCUGUAUUUAAAUUUGAAUUUGGCAUUUUAAAAUAUCGUUAUAUCCAUAAUUGUAAUAGAGAGGAGGCUAAACUUCUGUUUUAUGCGGAAAAUCCUGAUUUAUUAAAUAACAUUGAAACUAGGGGUGAAACACCUCUGCCUUUGCCGGUGAUUCGUCAGGGUAUGACAUCAACCCAACCAACUAGGUCUUCCACACCUAUUGACCUUCAAGAUAAGGUAAAUAAUCCCAUUCCUGAUCCGGUUUUGGAAAUUUCGAAUGCGCUGAAUCAGCAUCAACUGUCUGAAAAAAUAUCGGCUGUAAACACACUUAUAAAUAUCAAUCAGUCUCGCUCAAACUUGAUUAACUCAAUAAAUGAGAAUCUCUCUACAAAAUGAACACUUAGAAGAGUUCAAUUUUUUUAUUUACUAAGAGAUUUAAUAGUUCUAUUUUUGUUAGUUUUAAGUCGUUAUAGUUAUUGGUAUUGAUUGGGCUUAGAGGUUGGCUAAGGGAAAAGAAAGAAAGAAGAAAAAAGGGAAGGGAAGGGGGGAAAAAAAAAAAAAAAAAAAGAGAAAAGGAAUAAUGAGGGGUAAGGGAUGGCCCUGUUUUAAUAUUUCUAUAUUUUAAUUCUCACUGUGUUUCAUAAUUUGAGUCUGACUGCUCAAAUAUAAAAUCGAUUAAAAUAAUUGGAGUGUUAUUGUUUUGUGUACUAUAAAUGGUUACGGGUUGUAAAACAC